CAUGAAAGUGUUUGCGAGCAUGAGGGAGAGGCAGGUUAGGCCGCAGCAUUUGGAGAUCGUGUUGAAGGGGUUGGGACAAGGACGAGAGGCGGCGACGAGGAUUUUGACGGGUAAUGAGGCGAGGGAUUUCAGGAGUGCUAUCAAGGCGGUUGCGGAUCUUACUCCGAUUAGGUUUGGUGGGUGUAGGCCUCCAGCGAGAAGACGUAUCUAGGCGGAUGACGGGGAUGGGUUGGGGGGUUCAAUUGGUGGUGUGUACGUUCUGGUUCAGCAUACAUAUACGAAAGACGAAUUUCGAAAAGCUAAAAAGUUCAG